AUGACUUUGCCUAAUGCGCAAUUGCCUCUCUGCUCUGCUCUCCAUCUUAUCCUGUCCUCUGUGCUAGCCGCCGUCCCCGGUUCCUUCGCUCCAAGCUACAUCCGGCUCUGCGCCUACAUACAACCUGAUGGCCAUGUGAUCAGUCGCUCUACCGAGAGCUCUUGUUGGUAUCGUUCUAACGAGACUCACAAAAGGGAGAUUGCGAUGUACCCAUUUGUUACAAGCCGAAUGCCGGACACUAAUCUGCCGCUUUUAACCACAUGUCCGGCAUGUGGCCAUGACAAGCCUCGGAAGUUUAUCAGAGCACCGCCGCUCCUUUCUAGCCACUCCGAUAACCCGAAUUUGUAG